AUGAAUCGACUUCGGGGUAAAAAGAAGAACCGGGAUGAGGUCUUUGCUCCCCGUCCGUCGAUGGACUCGGAGCCGUCUGGCCCCUUCAGGAUGUUUGGGAAAAAGAAGUCACAGGAAGAAGAGCCAAAGAAGGAGCUUGACCUCACGGCUGCAUUGCCUUCGACGGAUGACUUUCGAACCAGUCUUCUCAUGACAGGCCUUUCGGCCCGCUUCUCCAUGCUCCGAGAGCAGGAUGAUCCCAAAUCAAAACUCGGCAAGGCUAGCGACGAUAGCGUGCUCUUUACAAAGAGGCAGUCUCGACUCAUGGAAUUUGGCUCGGGUGCCGGCGGCCUGCACGACAUUGCCGAAAUCGAGUCGGUCAAGACUCGCCAGUUCGCCCGUGUUGAAUCAUUUGUCUCGAGCGAUGAUGCCGCCUCGACGACGGGUAGCGUCAUGAACCGCGCCAAGCCCAUUGAGGGCAACGUUCUCUUCGGUGGACGGCAGAAGAUCUACAAGAUCCCCGUUGGAGGUAGCUCCAGAGGCGGCGGCAUGGGCGGCAGGGCACUCUAUGAUGAUGACGUGGCCCAGUCUGCUUUCCAGAGAUGGAGGCAAGCCGAGAGGGACCGGCAGUCCUUCGAGGAGGAGCGGAUUCAAGACGCGGCCGAAUCCGAAGCCCAGACAGACUACGACCGCCGACGGGAGACCAGCUCGACGACCUCGUCUGCUCCCUCUGCAGCGCGAGAUUCGACGGCCGCCACCUCGGUCACGUCUUCUCAGCCAGCUUCUAUCAAAGACCGGCAACCCAGCGGCGCACUCGCGACCUCGGCAAGCCAGGCUUCCGCCCUGGAUCGAAGUGUCACGCGCACUCGGAGGCUGUAUGAACAGGGGCUCACGCAGGAUCUUCAGGACCAGCAGUCGUCGGCUCUAUCGCGGAUGGACACAUUGUCAAGACAGCGACCGUUUGGCUCUCGAACCCCUGACCUCACCCCGCCUGCGCCUUCUCCGACCGGGGCAGGCUUCGGCGACCGUGUCAUGGAGCGGCGACCGAUUGUCGGCAAGGCUAGUGCCCCUAACCUUCGAUCGUUUAGUCCGUCUAUGGCCGGCCCUGCGCAAAUGAUGAGCCCCCCCGAGAUGAACAGCAAAUUCCCCAGGCCAGAGCAGAAGGCCGCCUUUGUCGGGAACCCCCCUCUCAGCCCCCCCAUCAGCGAGACGGAGGAUUAUCCCUCGCUGCCCAUCCAGCCGAAUGAUCGAGGCAAAGCCACGGCCAUGGGAGUGUUUCAGCGACCUCAACAAUACGACGAAUCAAAAUACGCUCAACGGCAGCGUCAGCUCCAACAGGGCCGUGAGACGCCCAUCGGCCAGGCUUCUUCGGAGCCCAACCCCGGCUCCGAGGACCGCACCCACCCGACCUUCUUCGAUGACAGUGAUGACGCUUCCACGGACAACCGGUCUAGCCUGCCCUCCAUCACACCGCAGCUCACCAUCGAGCGUCCCGACGACCAGGAUCAUCCCGCGUUCCGGAAAUCAGCGCUGCCAACUCCCCUCUCACUCUGCUCCUCUAAGAUGUCGGACGAGUUUGCCUCUUUCGCGGGCAAGCCCGGCGAGCUCAGCCCGGACCCUAGACUCGACCUCUCGCAUGACUCGCCGACUCUGGGGCCUACGUCGGGCUUGAGCGGCAUGGUGCGUCAUCACUUGAGGCAUGACAGCGCGGCCUCGUCGAUUUCCGGAAUCACCGACCAGGAUGUCGGACUCCGAUCGUCGAAUUCGCCCAUGGUUUCCGGGAAUUCAGAGGCAAACUCGAUUUCGGCCAGAGCCAACAUGCCCCACCACGCCAUCUUGCCUCUUGGCGAAAUGAAGCCCCGAGACCAAGACGAAUUCGCCCGCCAUCUGGCUGAUGGUGCGCGGCGAGUGCGCGAGAGACUCACAACGUAUGUAGAGUCGGACAGUGAGCGCUCAAGCACCACCACCCCUCUUCCCGAGCCCACUAGGGAGUUCAACGCGCUCCGAGCAAAUGGCCUGGGGAUCUUACGGUCCAAGUCCAGCAAAAGCUCCCUAGCAGACCGCGACGUCCAAGAACAAGGCCGCGUCAAACCCUCCAAGGUACCGGACCCCAUGGUCUCUCGAGAUGGCGACGAGGAGCUAUCCGGAAGCAAGGGAUCGCCGUCCAGCGGCAAAGACGAAAACAGCCAGGCCGGUUUGAAAGCCUUCCGCCAGGCACGCCGGGAUAUGCAGAAGAUGAAGGAGUUGGAAACGCAACAAAGGCACCAGGCGGGCGGCCCGCCUCUUGCCUUGUUCAAUCGGAGGCCUCGGGACGAUUCUAGACACAGCAGCCGCUCGAGCGCAGGCUCUCGCGCAGCGUCAGAGCCGAGAGACAGGAGCGGCUCAGAGACGAGCACGGGAGGCCCCGGCUACAGCCGCGGGGCCAGGCUUCGCAAUGGCUCGGCAACGUAUGAGGAACAGCUUGGCCAACCCGGUCCAGGGGGUUUCAGUCGGCCAAGUCCGAAAAUGGGGGCGGCUGGCUUCUCGGGCACCGACGCCACCCGAUCCCCCCCUCGAUCUAUGACGGCGGCCUUCCCAACAGGCAUGAGCCCCAGUCAUAGCACAGGCGCCAUUGACGCAUCGGGCAGAAGGGUUGGCCGGACGCGAGACAUGCUGGAUAAGUCUGGAUCGCCUAUACCCCAGAGGCCCAGCACACAGCACGAGGCGCAGCCGUACGGUCGUUCCAGGAACGGCAGCUUGCUGGGCGCGGCCGCCUCCACCCCGAACUUGCAUGCCGCGGCGGCCGCAGCGCCGCCCCUACCCCCGAUCAACCCCCGUCGCAAGAAUGGGCAUGGCGCGUUCGCGCGACCUUACGAGCAGGGGUCACAUCUCGGAGGAUUUCAUGUGCCGCGCGGCGGGGCAGAUGAUGUCUACGGUUCUACCACGACGUCGGAUGAUGAAGGUCUUACCGGCAACUACCCGCAGGGAGUACGCAGGGUGGCGAUGGAGACCGACGGCAGAGGACGACGCAGCCCUCCGCGGGGUUUGCGGGUGCCUGCACCGCAGGUCAAGAUGUCGCGCGGCGGCCUGCCGGGCGGAAUGAUUUGA